GUAAAGGAAUUGCUCAGAAAAUUCUUCAAGAAAUUGAUUCUCGCCGUGUAACACUUUAGUUUGCAUGUCGUCCUUGAAGAAGUAUUUGCCCCAAAAGACCUAUAAGGAGCGAGGCCAACCGAGAAGUAGAGCUAAGUUUGGACUUCUUGAGAAGCAUAAAGAUUACAUAGAGAGGUCACAGAACUACCACAAAAGAGAACGGCGGUACAAGGCACUUGUAGAGAAAGCAUUGCAACGUAACCCUGAUGAAUUUUACUUCAAGAUGAUUAGCAGUAAAACAGAGAACGGAAUUCAUGUGGGAAUUUCUGGUAAACCUGAUGUAAUGUCGGAAGAAGAGUCACUUUUACACUUGAGGCGUCUUUGUUCAUACGUCGUCACACAAAUCAAUCACGAGCGUGCCAAAAUACAGUCCUUACGGUCAGAACUACAUUUUACGGAAGUGCCAAACUGCAAUAGACAUAUAUUAUAUGUUUCCUCAGACUCAGAAGAGCUCGACAGGCCCAAAGGAACGCAAGAUACAACUUCUUCGCUCUCGGACUUUUCUUCUUGGACGAAAGGGAGUGUGAGAAAGACUGAAACAGCUUUGAAACGUAAAUAUGCAGAAUUGCGCCAAAGAUUAGAUAGACUGGAGAAUCUUCGAAAGUUUUUGCAAAGUCUUGAAUCCCAGAAGAGUUCGGGAAAGUUUUCUAAAAAGCAUAGUGGAAAUGAUAUGGUCAUAAAUGGCUCUGGAACUCGGAUACGUGAAAGAAGCAGAUAGUGAAUAGUUGUUGGAGUUGACGUUAUCUUGAAGGUGUUUGUUUGUAAA